GCGUUCAUCAUUUUUAUAUUGAGUCAGGUAAUUCACGACGUUCCACAUGGUCGAAUUUUGAAGACAAAAAUAUUUUCGUUUGGUUUGGUUUGGCUGAAUGUUUAUUACUUUUGUACGACGAAUUAGUGUACUCAAUAAAUUUAUUGUCAAUCAAAAUACAAAUUUAAUUUCAAAAUCUGAAUUAAUUUAUCGAUUACCGGCUUACAUGAUGAGUAGUAAUUCAGAUCAACAACAACCGCCGAUAUCAUUAGGUGGUGAAGAAAAAUUAAGCAAGAAUGAACUGAAACGAAGAUUAAAACAACAAAAAUUGGAAAAAAUGAAAGAAGAAAAAGCUAAAUUGAAACAAAAUGAACCUGUGGCGGUAGCAGCAGCACAACAACAGCAAAGUCCUUCUUCAGCAACCGAUAAAGCAAAAGUAAAAAGUGAUGAAGAAUUAGAUCCGAAUGAAUAUCAUGAAAAUCGUUCGAAAGAAAUUAUUGAAUGGCGUGAAUCGGGUGAAAAUCCUUAUCCACAUAAAUUUCAUGUAUCAAUUUCAUUGAAUGAUUUUAUUGAAAAAUAUUCAUCAUUGAAUGAUGGUGAAAUUCGUGAUGAUGUUGAAGUAUCCGUAGCUGGAAGAAUUUAUUCAAAACGUGAAUCAGGCUCGAAACUAAUAUUCUAUGAUUUGCGUGGUGAAGGAACCAAAAUUCAAGUAAUGGCUAAUGCUCGUUAUUAUUUGGAUGAUGAUGAAUUUCAACGAAUAAAUGGCCGUAUUCAUCGUGGUGAUAUUGUUGGUGCACUUGGUCAUCCAUGUAAAACGAAAAAAGGUGAAUUAAGUAUUAUGCCGAAAAAACUUGCCCUAUUGACACCAUGUUUACAUAUGCUGCCUAAUCUUCAUUAUGGACUUAAAGAUAAAGAAAAAAGAUAUCGACAACGUUAUCUAGAUCUUAUUGUUAAUGAAUCGACACGUAAUAAAUUUGUUACCAGAGCAUGUGUCAUUCGUUAUGUUCGUGAAUUUCUUGACCGAAUGGGUUUUCUUGAGGUGGAAACACCAAUGAUGAAUAUGAUUGCUGGUGGUGCUACAGCUAAACCAUUUGUUACUCAUCAUAAUGAAUUGAAUAUGGAUUUAUUUAUGCGUAUUGCACCGGAAUUAUAUUUGAAAAUGUUGGUUGUUGGUGGCCUUGAUCGUGUUUAUGAAAUUGGCCGCCAAUUUCGUAAUGAAGGUAUCGAUUUAACACAUAAUCCUGAAUUUACUACAUGUGAAUUUUAUAUUGCUUAUGCUGAUUAUAAUGAUCUAAUGGAAAUGGUUGAAAAAAUGUUAUCCGGUUUAGUAUAUCAAUUGUAUGGUAAAUAUGAAAUAUCCUAUCAUCCGGAUGGAUCGGAUUCUGAAACACCACCAGUAACAAUUAGUUUUCGUCCACCAUUUCGUAAAAUACAAAUGAUGGAAGAAUUAGAAAAUCAAUUAAAUAUAAAAUUACCACCAGCAACUGAAUUAGAUCAACCUGAAGCAAAUAAAUUAUUAUCGGAUUUAUGCGCAAAACAUGAAAUUGAAUGUCCACCACCACGUACAAGUGCUCGUUUAUUAGAUAAAUUAGUUGGUCAUUUUAUUGAAGAUCAAAUUAUUCAUCCAACUUUCAUUACUGAACAUCCAAUUGUUAUGUCACCAUUGUCGAAAUAUCAUCGUACAAAACCAGGUUUGACUGAACGUUUUGAAUUAUUCGUUCAUCAUAAAGAAAUUGUUAAUGGUUAUACUGAAUUAAAUGAUCCGUUUGUACAACGACAACGUUUUGAACAACAAGCACGUGAUAAAGCAGCCGGUGAUGAUGAAGCACAAUUAAUUGAUGAAAAUUUUUGCCAGGCAUUAGAAUUUGGUUUACCACCAACUGGUGGUGUUGGUAUUGGUAUUGAUCGUUUAACAAUGUAUCUUACGGAUACAAAUAAUAUUAAAGAAGUUUUAUUUUUUCCGGCUAUGAAACCAGAUGAUAGUGUUCGUAAAGAUGGAUCAUCACAACCACCACCACCACCAACAGAAUCGGAAAAAUCAAAAUGAGAAAAAUGUAUUGAAAUUAUGUGAAUUG